GUUGGCCUUCGGCAGCUAGAUAUGUCAUUACUGUGUCAGUUGUACUCCCUGUAUGAAUCGAUUCAAGAAUAUAAAGGUGCCUGCCAAGCUGACUCUAAUGCAGACUGCUCGUACGCUUUGGAAAAUGGGUUUUUUGAUGAAGAGGAGGAAUACUUCUAGAAGCAGGAAGAUUCACCUCCAGGCUGA